AUGGAGAAUGGUAUACAGAAUAGUAACAGGGACCAUAUUUCAGUUGUUAUAGUAGACGGAUAUAUUGGGCUCCAGGCAUUGGAAAACACCAUGAGAGCAAAGCUUUGCCCUGACUCAUCCUCUUGGGCGGCCAAAAGCUGCAUCUUUAGAGUUCCGGAGGUGCUCAAGAGACAUAAACCAGAGGCAUACGAACCUGGUUUUGUCUCAAUCGGUCCAUUUCACCACGGAGCUGGUAAACAAUUUCAGCACAUGGAAAAUGUGAAGCAAUGGUAUUUAAAUAAUCUUUUGUCACGUAGGAAUAAUGUGAGCUUGAAAAACUUAAUCGAUUGCGUCGUUCCGCUGGAGAAAUCGGCCCGCAAAUUUUAUGCUGAACCACUUGAUCAUCUAAGCCAAAAUGACUUGGUAGAAAUGAUGAUACUUGAUGGUUGCUUUGUAAUUGAACUGUUCCGGAAGUACCCUUCUGAUGAGGAGCAUAUUGACGCAAAUGACCCCAUCUUCAACAUGGAUUGCAUGUUCCAACAUCUCUGCCACGACCUGUUGCUGCUAGAAAAUCAGCUACCUUGGUUUCUGCAACGGAUUUACGAGAAAAUUAUAGAAUACCACCAAGGCCCAUCUCCCUCCCUCACUAUCCUCAUGCUCACAGCCUUUACCUCACAAAAACCACUGAACCACAACUGCGACUCCUAUCUAGGGUAUGUUCAUGAGAACAAGCAUGACACAAAUUACAAUACUUUGCACAUACUUGAUCUGAUAAGAACUUCGAUAUUAGGGGCAGAUAUGGACUCGGAGUUUCCUCCAGCAAUUGCUUUAGCACAGGCAGGCGUUAAAUUUCGAAGCGUUUCUGAUGCUGGCAGCAUAAUGAAUAUCGAAUUCGAAAAGGGGGUCUUUCGUUAUUUUGGAUACAGAAGAGGUACUUUUAAAAUUCCACACCUAUCAAUUGGGGAGCUGACAGAUCCACUGUUCAGGAACCUCAUUGCCUUUGAGCAAUGCUACCAUCACCAUUCGCAUGAAAUAACAUCUUAUGCCUUUUUGAUGAAUAAACUCGUGGCUUCCAGCAAGGACAUGGAGAUUCUUUGUGAGAAACGGAUCAUAGAUAACUGGUUGAGCGCUGAAGAUGGUGCCAAUUACUUCAGCAAGCUCUGCAACGACACUGUCCUCAAAAAGUUCUACUAUGAUGAACUCUGCGCUCAAGUGAAAAUGCAUUACCAGAUCAAAUGGUACAGGUGGCUUGAAAAGUUGAACCGUGACUAUUUUGCAAACCCAUGGAGUGCCAUUUCUCUCAUUGCAGCUGCUAUACUUCUGGCUCUCACCGUCGUGCAGACCGUGUACGCCAUUCACAAGUAG